AUGACUCCAAACACCGCUCAGAGCACUCCCGGUAGCUCACAGAACACAAAUCAACUUCCCAAUAAGAAGCGCUUGCGUGACAUAGACGAAGACGAUAACGAAAAGACCCACCGAAAAACCAAGAAACACAAAUCGUCCCGAAAACAUAAGAAACACCGAACUUCCUCAGGUCGCAAAUCGUCCCGCAAAACUGUCAAGCCUAUCCCGGAGGAGAUACCAGAAACACCCCCUAAGCAGUCGCCAGUGCUUUCCGGGUUCACCCCGAUCAACAAGAGCCGAAAACAAAACCCUGUACCUCCACCAAUCCGGACUGAAACCCGGACUCCGCCAAAUACUAACCUAGCUCCAUCGGACACUGAAGGGAUCUUCCCGAGUAACUGGGGAGCAACCCUAACUGAUUCUGACUCCUUUCCCGACUUUAGUUCCGAACCCUCUGAACCAUACAUAAGUGACGAUCAAGACCCAGCAACAGGUCCAGCAACAGGCCCACUAGCAGCAGUCUCCACUGCUUCCUCAGCACGCAGCAGUGCUUCACCAGAGGCCCUUGUACGGACGACCGUACUUAGGGUUAGUGCUACCCCACCAGUACCCGCUAGUGCUCCACAAAAGAACGUUGCCCGGAAGACCAUAGUCCCAAGUCAAGUUCUCACUCGGUCCAAGUCUAGUGCAGUCCGCUCAACAGGCCCAGCAACAGGCCGCUCAACAGGCCCAGCAGGCUCUACUACUCCCUCACCAGCACCCGUCAGUGCUCCACCGAAGGUUGUUGCACCGGAGACCCCUACAUUCAAGCCCCGACGCCCCCUCGUACGACAGAGACGAAUUAGACCCGAGCCAUCGCCGAUUGUCCAAGAGACAUCCCCGAGUGUUCAAGAGACAUCCCCGAGUAUUCAAGAGACAUCCCCGAGCUCGACCGCAUUCAAGAUGACUCAAGCAAGCAAAGCGAAGAUGACUUUAGGUCUACUCAACCUACCUAAAGUGUACACCAGCAUCCGCAACAGCCUAAAGGCGGAAAUGCAAAAUCUCAUCGCAGAUGUUGGUAUGAAGGAUAGGUUAUCAAGGGGACAGGGAGACCGUCAGUUCAAAGAGGCUGCCGGUGAUAGUGAUGAUGAUGAUGACGGCGGUGGUCAGGCAGCCGGAAGACGCUCUCGCAAAGGGAAAGAGCGUGCAGUACCUCCGGAACUCGUGCGACCUUCCAUAAUGGUUACCGUGGUGGACCCCGAUGCUCUAGGGGCAUUCUUUAUGCUCGUCCCACCACCUACUUAUGACUGGAAUGAUCCCCUGAACGAAUCUUCGUUCAUCGGAAUUUUGAUCAAGAUAACUUUCCCCGAGCUAUGCAACUUGAUCCUGAAGCACACCGCACCUGGCAGAGCAGUCAGGACUAUCUGGGGGGCAAUUGAGAAUGUCCCCCCGGCAGUUGUUCCUCCCGUUCGGCCGGUGGAGGUACAAAUUACCGAUUCAGAGGAGCUCGAAGGUUGGUUGAAGAACAGCAAUGCCAGGCCUCGGAGGAUAUUGGCAGUCCUCCACAGAGCAGGCGCGGGUGCUAACCUGGGUGGUGCGGAAUCCCCCCCGUUGAACCCGGCUUUCCUUCACGUUGAGGAAGAUGAUUAUAGCAUUGUAACGGAGCCAUUUCAACUGUCUGGUGUAUGA